AUGGAUAUUAAAAUAAUAACUUAAAGUGAUACAUUCUUAAUCUAUAAGGAGAUCUAAACUUUAUUAGACUUAAAGACAGAAAUCAAAAGAAUAGGAUUAUAAACAAGAAACAUCAUAAUUUAGUACCAAAGCUAUUUCUACUUAAGCUUAGCUUUUAUGAUAAUGAUUCUGAUAAAGUUGUGAUAAUAUAAGAUGAGGAUCUUUAAUAUGCUUAUCAGUAAUCCCAGGCUCAUAAUAAGAAGUCCAUCAAAUUAUACGUUUAUUACAAAUUAAGUUAGCCUAAAAUUAUCCAAUAAGAUCCUUCAAUUAAAAUUUCAAUAUAAUAGCCUCAAAAGGAUUGGAUCAAUUAAUCCUUCAAGCAAAACAGUAGCCAAUCUUUAACGAAUUCAAAAGAACUUUAAAAUAAUGAUUGCUCAUAUUAAAAUAGAUAUACCCUAAUACCACAGCCAAAACCAACAAGAGAAGAAAAGCUCAAAUAAGCAAUUGAUUCAUUUAUAGAUUAAGUUUUAAAAGAUGAAUAUCAGAUAUGA